UUUAGAAGCAAUUGUUCCAGUUUUCAUUUCAAACUAAAGACUUUGUGUUGAGAGAGGGCUAUGGCUUCUCGUUGUGUGUAUUUGCUUUUUCUUUUCACUGGGUUGAUUUCUGUCUUGUCUGCUUCAAACACCACCAGCCUUUCAAUAAGUAUAACAGCAGCCACUACCAGAAACGUUUCAACAACUAGAACAACAGACACUACCAGAAACUUUUCAACAAAUAGAACAACAGCCACUACCAGUUACUAUAUGGCUUCUAAUGUUUCAGAUGGCUAUAUUGUUAACAAGACAUGUCCUGAUGCAAAAGUUUACCCAUCAUUGUCAUAUGCUGUGGAUACAACUGGCUCAAUGUCAUAUACCAUGCAGCAGCUGACAGAAAACAACCAGUUUCUCAUUGAACGCAUUUCUAACCGAUCUUCUGCUGAUAUACGGCAAUACAGCUUGAUGGAAUUUAAUGAUCCAACUGUUGGACCUCUUCGUAUAACAUGCUCAGCAACAGAAUUUGUCUAUUAUGUAAAGUCACUUUAUCCAUAUGAUGGGGGCGAUUGUCCGGAACUAGCAAUGGCUGGUCUUCUACAGCUCCUGGAAAACAGUCCAUAUGGUUCUCUUGCCGUUGUUAUAACAGAUGCAUCUGCAAAAGAUUACAGUGAUACUUACGCAGUGAAUCGCAUAUAUUCUCUGAUAGAUGCUAAACAAAUAAAGGUGAUUUUUCUGGCUACCGGCAUCUGUUACAGUGAUCAAACUGCAGAUUUUGUCAUUUAUAAGGAUAUUGCCACUCAAAGCUAUGGACAUGUUUUUAAAAAUGUUUAUUUUUCAUCUAACAGUGCACUGCUGAAUUUAUUGGACUACUUCCUUUCAAUUCCGAUUAACAGCACAACAAAAAUCUUCUCUCAAAAUCUUGAGUGGGGAAGUUAUUCUGGAAAUUUUUCUGUAUCAAAGAAUUUUAGUGCCCUAAUUGUAUCUACUAGUGGACUCAUUAAUUCACUGAACCUCACAGAACCCUCUGGAAAUAUAGCAAAUACAAUCACAUUUAUGUCAGAAACAUGGGGAUCAUUGUUUCUUGUGCAGAAUCCUAAGAAAGGAAUUUGGAGAAUAGAUGGAUAUGCUGGAAGAUCUAGCUCUGUACGCAUUGAAGGAUUUUCAGCUACCAACAUUUCAUCUGCAAUAAAUUGUUCAAAGUGUGACAUUAAUGCUAGCUGUAAAAAGUAUCCCAAUUUUCAAACAUGUGACUGCAAUGAAGGCUUCAAAGGCAAUGGUUACACUUGUUCUGACAUUGAUGAAUGCAACAGCUACUUAAAUAACUGCUCUUAUUAUUCUUAUGCGUCUACCUGUGUCAACACUUAUGGAUCCUACUAUUGUCAAUGUAGCUAUGGAUUUGAAAGUGUUGGAAACACAUCAUGUGUUGAUGUAAAUGAAUGUUCAAGACCAGACCUCAACAGAUGCCAUCCUCUAGCAAAUUGCACUAAUUACUUUGGUUCAUAUUCCUGCUCAUGCCCCACUAACUACUAUGGCGAUGGAUAUUACUGUGAGUUUAAUGAAUGUACAACAGGAGUUUGUGGGUUUGGAAAGGAAUGCAUUAAAAACAAUGGGUCUUAUUCUUGUGUAGACCCAUGUACCAAUUAUACAAUUCUUAAUGACCCAUGGAGAAGCGUAUCAUAUUCUUUAUAUCCUUAUUAUGGAUAUUGUGAUAGUUACCUUUAUGGAUGGUAUCGAUUCAUGGGUAGUGGUGGAACACGCAUGCCAGAAUACUGUCCAUCUAUAGGUAGUUGCUACACCAAUUAUCCAUUGUGGCUUUCUACAUCUCAUCCUAAACAAGUGGAAGGAAUUGCAAAUCGUACAGCUUGUGCAAGAACUAGUUGGAGCUGCUGCUCAUAUACAACAGAUGUGAAAGUUAAAUCUUGUCGAGGAGGGUACUACGUUUACAAAUUUCAAGGAACACCACUUUGCAAUGCAGCAUAUUGUACAGAUCCAGCAACAGCCAAUACUUCAUGCGCAUGCGCAGAAGAUGAAGAAUGCAGGAUGGUUGAUGGAAACUUUGGCUGUUAUUGUAAAAACACAGAUGACGUUUUUGCUCUUGAAAAUCUGCGCCCAAAUCUGUCAUGUGGUAAUCAAGAAAUAAAAGUUUCCUUCCGGAAAUGUCUGCUAAAACAAUUGAACUUAAAGCCUGAAAGCAUACAUCUUAUUGACGGCAAUUGCACUGGUAUACCGGAAUAUAAUAGCACCAACAUUAUAUCAGUUGUAUCACCGCUUAAAACAGGAGCAUGUGGAAACACAUUAAUAAAAAAUGCAUCAAGUCUGAUCUACAGAAACACAAUUUAUUUGUCUCUGGAUACCAACUCAUCAAUUGGUGGAGAAGAUGUUGUCAGUAUCACAUAUUCCUGUGUUUACCCACUGGACAUAGGGAUCACUCUUGAAACAGCUUUGAAUCCCUUUGUCAGCUCAGUAGUUAUCAAUAUGGAAGGCACAGGAACAUUUACAGCACGUAUUGUGCUCUACAAAGAUGCAAGUUAUCUCUCUCCAUAUGAAGGAUCUGCAGUUGUGUUGACAAACAAAACCAUAUUGUAUAUUGGAACAUUUCUUGAUGGUGGUGAUACUUCUCAGUUUGUUUUGCAGUUGAAAAAUUGCUAUGCCACUCCUACACAAAAUGGUUCUGACUCUACAAGAUAUGAUAUCAUCAAAGACAGUUGCCCCAGUAAACAAGAUUCAACCAUAAGGGUGUUUGAAAAUGGUGUAUCAAGAAUGGGACGUUUUGGAGUACAGUUAUUUGGAUAUAUCCAAGAUCAUAACACUGUCUACUUGCACUGCAAUAUUCAUGUUUGUGACAUCAAAAGUGAAAUAUGUAAUAGUACUUGCACUGGGUUUACAGCUCGAAGUGCAACUCCGACUCAGACUGUCUCCAUAGGACCAAUAUCCCGACAAGCUGAAACCGCUGUCCCAUUACCAGAAACUAAUGCCAUGCCAUCAACAGGCAAUAAUGGUAAUAAUGGAGUCUCCACACUAAUGCCUUCCUGGACAUCUGCUAUAUUACUCUUAUAUUUAAUGUUUAUGAUUUUCAAUUAACUUUAAACACAGACACAUAUGCUUACAUUAUAUAUAAAAACAAGCUGUGUUUAUGUCUAUUCAGUGUAUUGCUUUGUAACUAGGGAUGGGUGAGUAUCUGAAUUCCUAUAAUAAGAUUGCAAAACAUAUGUUUCUCUUGACAUUUGUUGCACUAGUUGAGCAUUUCUAAACAAAAUUACAUUUUUCUAUUUUGAAUGUAAUAUUAUAAUUUAAACCAAAAAGAAAUAAUAUUAGACACUGAAAAAUAGUAAAGUCCCACUUACUCUAACAAAUAUUUAUCAAGAUUUGUCCAAAUACGAUAAGAUGCCUCUCCAGAUUCAUCAGUUUCUUUAUUAUUCUAUACAGCUAAUUUAGCUGCCAGUAUAUAAGAAAUAUAAAUGUAGGGGCACCUCUUUGUAAAUGUUGUGUAUUAUUUUGCACCCAUGCAUGAAUAUGCACUUGCACUUUACAAAAACACAAUUGAUCUUUAGAUAAAAUAAAAUAGACACAUUAAGAAAGCAGACUAAUUUUGUAAUUAUAUAAAUUAGGAUUACGAUUGCUAAGAAGAAAAAGUGGUAAGGUGUGAAAUAUACUUUCUUUAACCAAUAGAUGUCACUGAGCACACUACUAUAUGAGACUAUUUAACCAAUACAUGGUGCUGUGAAUAUUAUGUGAUUUCAUGAGAAACAUAGCUUAAACACAUUAGCUUAAACACAGUGCCAUCUAUUGGGCAUAAAUGUGUAUUUCUGAAAUAUUCCUGUUAAAGGAAUCUUAUUCAUUUUCUGUCAUUCCCGUUAAAGAUCAGUAUCUAAAAAUGCUCUUGCUGUUUGGGGUUUUGCAUGCAUGAAAAUGUUUUUAAAUUUAAAUUAAAACUAUUAAAACGUUAUAAAUUGUAUACUUCCUGCUAAUCGUCCUUGACUGAUAGGCACUCCUGGUCAUUGGCUGAUAAGUACUUCCUGUUAAUGCUCACUGGUUGAUAGGCACUUUCUGUUAAUGUAUAUUAUUUGAUACACUUCAUUAUAGUUUUUACGUAAUAUUUUUCAUCCAAAAAUAAAUAAAUACAUUUUUUAAAUCCUGCUCUUUCAUAAAGAUUACAGAAACAUGUGUACAGUGUCAUCUUAAUGGGAUAUGAAACACAAUUUUCUUUUUCUUUUAUAAUUUUUUCUUUGCUCUCUUAGUAUCUUUAUUUGAAAAAGCAGGAAUGUAAGGUGAGGAGCCGGCCCAUUUUUUGUUCAGCACCUGGGUAGCGCUUGCUUAUUUAGCCACAAAUCAGCAAGCGCUACCUAGGUGCUUAACCAAAAACGGGCUGGCUCCUAAACUUACAUCGCAAAAAAUACUUUCCUGU